AACUUUUUGGCCCCAUUCCCAUGCUUCAUCGUCAAUGGUUUUGGGAUGAGAUGGUUCCAUCCAAGACUUAAAAGACUUCAUGGCCCCCAUCUUGCACACACGUACUAGUACUACACAUACACUUUUUUCCUUUUUCCAAAAUCCCUUUGUUGUUGUAGCUACCCUUCAGAGCAAAGAGAGAGAGAGAGAGAGAGAUGUCUCUUCCAAGACCCAGUGAGGGUAAAGCCCCUUCUCAGCUGAAAGAAGGAGUAGCACCUGCUGCUGCUGAAGCCUCAACCUCUUCUUCAUGGAAUAAUAGGCUAAACACUUUUCCUCCUUUAUCUCUACACAACAAGAAUAGCAAAAUUGACAGUGAUGAGGAUAUGUUCACAGUUCCAGAUGUGGAAGCCACACCAAUUAAUGUUCAUUCUGCAGUGACUCUUCAAAAUAGUAACCUUAAUCAACGUAAUGUAACAGACCCUCAAUUUCAAUCUGGCUUUCCUGGAAAGCGCCGCAGGGGAAGAAAUCCUGCAGAUAAGGAACAUAGACGCCUCAAGAGGUUGUUGCGGAAUAGGGUCUCUGCUCAACAAGCCCGCGAAAGAAAGAAGGUUUAUGUGAAUGACUUGGAAUCAAGAGCUAAAGAGAUGCAAGAUAAAAACGCUAUCUUAGAAGAGCGUAUCUCUACUUUAAUCAAUGAGAACACCAUGCUGCGGAAGGUUCUUAUGAAUGCGAGGCCAAAAAAUGAUGACAGCAUUGAACAAAAGCAAGACCAGUUAAGUAAGAGCUAACAAGCAAAGCUAGAGGGUGCGUCAAAGUAAGGCAUUCAAGAGAUGCAUUUAUGAUUUAUUUUAGACACUAGAAAUUAUAAAUUUAUAAAUAUAUUAUUACUUUAUUUCUUUACUCGUUAUUAUACUUCCCUCAAGACUAUAGAUUUGAAUUAAAAAGAAACUUUAUUGUGAUGUAAAGUUUUAGUCAGACUAUAUAUAAAAAGCCAUUUACAA